GAGAGGGAAGAGGACGGGCAGGAGGGAGCACAGCGGGACAGAAAGACAGAAGACAACUCUUAUGGCUAUCAGAGGAAGACACAUUACUGUUUGGAAGCGAGGAUAAGAUGAAUUUCUAACUUCGAGUCAGUUAUAUUCAGUUUUUUGGCAAAAGCGUUUUAUGUUUUACGCGCAACUUUACGCAGGAGAGGAAAGAUUCUGGAAAACUCCGCCGCAUCGCCGGGAUGUUUAGAUGAAGGUAACUACUCCAAAAGGUCCCUGAUGAGGGUAUACAAUGACUGCCCUUAAACUGCCAGGCUGAGCCGCCUGACCUCCCUCAGCAGUGUCCAGUGCUGUGGCUCCCUCUGCUGUAUGACAAAGGAAGGGGCGGGAAUGGCAGGCAGUAUGGAAAACACAGUGGAGGUAGGGAUGAAUCUGGUCAUCGUCAGCCACUACAACCACUCAGGGAAGUGGAACCGGCCUCGCAGCAACGGGGUCUGUAAGAUGGCUGUGCUGCUCUUCAUCUGUGUGUUGAUUGUCCUGGAGAACAUGAUGGUGCUGCUUGCUCUCUGGAGGAACAAGCGCUUCCACAGCCGCAUGUAUUUCCUCAUUGGGAACCUUGCGCUGUCAGACAUGCUCGCUGGUGUGGCCUAUGUUGUCAAUAUCUUUACGUCAGGACGCAAUACGUACUUCCUGACACCGAUACAGUGGCUGGCUAGAGAAGGGAGCAUGUUUGUGGCCCUCAGUGCGUCCACGUUCAGCCUUCUGGCCAUUGGGAUCGAGAGACACAUGACUAUGGUGCGUCUGCGUCCAUGUGAGACGGCAGGUCGAGGGAGACUAUUAGGACUGCUGGCAGCCUGCUGGUUUGUGUCGGUGCUGCUGAGCGCUCUGCCCAGCCUAGGGUGGAACUGCCUGAACAAUCUGGCCUCUUGCUCCACAGUGCUGCCACUCUAUGCUAAGAGUUAUGUGGCCUUCUGCAUCAGCGUCUUCAGUGCCCUCUUGGUGGCCAUCAUCAUCCUCUACAUCAGGAUCUAUCAACUGGUGACCUCCAGCGGUCGCAGGGUGAGCAGUCGGCCUUCAGAGCGCUCGCUGGCUCUGCUGCGGACAGUGGUUAUUGUUCUUGGAUUGUUCGUCAUGUGCUGGGCCCCACUUUUCCUCCUGUUGCUGCUGGAUGUGGGGUGCAGCCCAACUCAGUGCCCUGUGCUCUACCAGGUGGACUGGUUCAUCGCCUUGGCUGUGCUCAACUCUGCCCUCAAUCCUCUGAUAUACACUCUGUCCAGCAGGGAGAUGAGGGCUGCCUUCCUCCGAGUGCUGUGCUGCUGUCAGACCAGUUUGGAGUCUUCUGGGACUCCUGUGGUGGGAAACCUCCACCUGGGCACAGUCAUACCCACAGUGGAAAAUAGUAAGACCAGUUUGGGUGGAGGAGGGGGCAGUGGGGCGGGCAAGUCCACGCUACAAAGGGGAAAGGUUGCCACACCUAUGAACUCUGAAAACAAGCAUGGAGAUCCCUCUGGCACUGCUGUGGCGCACCACUCUGGACCUGCAGACCUGCUCUCAGCUGUGUUGGUGAAGGCAGGGGCGCUGCCGCCCCUCAGCAAAUUCUGAGCAGAAGCACUUUAAUGAAGCCUCACAGUUGGACUGAAACCGAAGACCGGUAUUUUCAUAGAUUUUUGUAUGAAUUUUUCACGUACCGCAAGACCGGUAUAUGAGAAAUGGAACUUGGUGCACCAAAACACAGUUUGACGGGGGACACUUUUCACUGCUGCACCACACAUGCUAAGGGCUUAGCUGAAGAAGUAACUGUGGUAGUAACUGCAGGAAUGAUCAAUUUACUCCACCACUGACAGAGUCCUACUAUCAGCCACUUAUUGUUUAUGCACUAUGACCACUGUAGCCACUAUUUACAACAACUCAACCAGCGGGACUUUAACAUUCCAUUCACUUUACACAAAUGUAACAUUUCAAAAAUAUGAAGAAUUGUUGGACAAUUUUUUUGGCCGUGGAUCAAAUAAAGCUCCAAAUUAAAUCAUGUCUGCAAAUGUAGAAAUUAUAAUUGUAGGUAGGGCAGCAAUUUCUUUAUUAUUUUCCUAACUCGAUUAAUUGAGUCGUUUGGUAUGUAAA